UGGCACGUGAGCGCGGUUCCGCCUCCCGCUGCCACCGCCUCUGCCGGGGGUGCGGGGAGCGGGCGGGACCCCGGUCCCGCAGCAGCGGCGCCGUGAGGGCUGAGGCGAGGGCUGAGGUGGCGCCGGUCCGCGCCCCCCGCGGGCAGCGCCCCUCAGCGGCGGGGCCGGGCCCACGUGAGGGAGCCGCCAUGAGCCGGCCCGAGGGGACGCGCGGCAGCCGCCGCUCCCUGCAGGUGAAGUUCGUGCCCGACGAGGACGUCCUCAGGCACAUCGCCGACGACACAGGAACUAAAGUACGGAAGGACAAGGCUCAGCUAAGUGCCAGUGUGAAGAGAUUUGUGAAGAAGCUUGAGAAUAUUUCUGAUAACGAAGCUCAGGAGACCCUGGAAGAGAAGAACUAUGUUGCUACUCUUGGAAUAUGUGCCCAAGAUCCAGUGGGAAAUGGUUCAAAUAUCAGUGGUGGUGAAGUUUACUCAUUCCAGACUCCCAAACGCUCCAAUAAAAUGUCAGAGCUGGCCUCCGAAUUAGCCCGGACACCAGAACGGAAUGUGACACCUAAUCACUCCAAGUGCCCUGAGAAGAUGGCCAAAACCCCUCAAAGCAGCAAACGUUCAAGUUCAAACAAAGUACAGCAGAAGAAUGAAAAGAAAGAAUUUGUGUCCACCACACCUUACAGACUCAGAAAGAGACUAGCAGCUCCAGAUCCCUAUUUAGAAAGUGAGAGUGAGUAUUCUGCUUCCUGCUCAGAGGAGGAGGAUGAGGAAGAACAGAAAGAAGUCAGUGCUAUUUUACCGGAUCAAAAGACUCCAGCAAAAACUAAGGCUACAUUUACACCUCUUCGCAGAAACAGCCUAGCCAAAAAAGCUAAGGAGCAAAAGAUGGGCAACCUGGUGGAGGAAUACUUUGAAGCUCACAGUAGUUCCAAAGUGCUCACUUCAGACCGAACCCUGCAGAAGUUGCGGAAAAGAAGACUGACUCAGCAAACACUGCGUGAUCUUUUGAAAAAUGCUCCUGUUGCCUAUUCUGCUGAAAUUAGAGACCUUAACCAGCAGCAUGAAUCCUUGUUUUCCAAGUGGAUGCUGCAAUUACACUUGGGUUUCAAUAUUGUGCUUUAUGGACUGGGCUCAAAGCGUGAUCUGUUGGAGAAGUUUCGUACCUCUCUGCUCCAGGAUUCUGUUCACCUGGUGGUUAAUGGAUACUUCCCCAGCAUCACUGUGAGAUCUAUUCUCAACUCCAUCACAGAGGAGGUUUUGGAUCAUAUAGGGACCUUCCGCAGCCCCCUUGACCAACUUGAAUUCAUUACCAAAAGGUUUAAAGAAGAUUCAUCUUUAGAGCUCUAUGUCCUCAUUCAUAAUCUGGACAGCCAGAUGUUGAGAGGAGAAAGAAGUCAGCAGAUCCUUGCACAGUUGUGCUCCCUGCCUAGCAUUUACCUCAUUGCCUCUAUUGAUCACAUCAAUGCUCCUCUCAUGUGGGAUCAGGCAAAGCUGAGCCUCUAUAACUGGCUUUGGUAUGAAACAACCACAUUUAAGCCUUAUGUGGAAGAAACAUCUUAUGAGAACUCACUUUUAGUACAACAGUCUGGAUCUUUGGCUUUGAGCUCCUUAAUGCAUGUCCUGCAUAGCCUCACUCUCAAUGCCAGAGGGAUAUUCAGACUGCUUGCUCAGCACCAGCUGGAGAAAAAGGACAACCCAUCUUAUCCAGGGCUGUCUUUCCAAGACUUUUACCAGCAGUGUCGGGAGGCUUUCCUUGUCAACAGUGACUUGACUCUCAGGGCACAGCUGACAGAAUUCAGGGACCACAAGCUUAUCCGGACCAAGCGGGGAGCUGAUGGUGUGGAAUACUUGUUAAUUCCUGUUGAUGACAGUACCUUGACCGACUUCUUAGAGAAAGAGGAUGAAGAUGUGUAAUGUCUCUGUGUCCUCAGUGUCUACAGCAACUGCUCUCAAUAGCUGCUGGAGAGGGGCCUAUGCUCAGAUCUCUCUUUCUCCAACCUCACAGCUGCUGCACUGAUAAGUAAUAAUGCUAAUGAAUCUUGUUCAUUGUUCAACUACCUCAGGUAGUUUGGAAUGAUGACUUCUGUAAGCAAGGCCUCUCUUGUGCUCUAGUUGGAUUUGUCUGCUUUGUCUCUUAGCUCAGACAAUUCUUCCUAUCUGUGCAGCCAACCUCACAGCCAGAAAAACAAACUCAGUGAGAUUGUGCCUUCUGCUCUCUACCUCAGUAGACAUGAGGCUUUUAUUGGAGCAAUUUACUUGGGAAGUGCAAAUCACAAGAUGGUCAAGAGCUUUAGUUUGUACUAGUGGUGCAACUUUUCUCAACUGAGUAAUAUCCAGUACUCUUCUACCAUUUAGACAAGACAAGAUUUAUAAUGCUACAAGACCUGCCUUGACUGCAUGAGGAAAGGAGAAUACUAGUGCAUUUGGGGUGCUGCAGGUAACUUAGUAAAUUCUGGCAAUAAAACUGAAGGAUUUUUCCCAAACCCACAUCCUUUUAUAAGAUUUAGAUAAUCAAAAUUAUGAUGAACUCAUGUCAUUGCCUGCUACUUUCCAAGGUGCAAUCCAGGAAUAUGAAGAGGCUACGAAGCUUUCUUGUUUAUUUUUUUAAAGCUUGAUUGUAUAUUUAUAUUUUUUACAUCAGGAAUGUCUGCUGAUACUGAAGGAGGCCUUAAAUGCCACUUAAAAGCUCUCCCUUUUUGUAAGCUCAUAGAGGCUGGGAGACUGCUGAAGCUUGACAUCUUUUCUUCAAUUCUUUUCUCAGUUAUGUGGGAGGAAGCUCUGUAGUUCCAUCAUCUGUAGUCUGCCAGCCAGACUUCAGGGACUCAGUAUGCCUAAUAUUUGGUAGCUGUGUUACAGCUCAAUGUUGUAAUAGUUCAAGUCAACUGAAAUAAAGUACUUUAUUAAUUUUCA